AUGCACUUUCUUUUUCUCUUUCAUCCAAUGACUCUCUCUCUCUCUCACUCACCUCCUUUCUUUUCUUCUCUAUCCGUUGACCUUCUUCCAUAUCCCCUACCCUUCACUUCCCUCUCACUUCUCUUACCUCUCACUCCCCUUGCUAUCUCUCUUUCCCUUCCUCCUUCCCUAUGUUUCUUCUACUCUCUUGUCUUUUUCACUCACCCUCCCAUUCUUUCUUCCUCAUCUCUCUUCGUAUCUGUGCUUUUCUCUAGUGUGACCUUUUCACUCUCACUCACUCACUCACUCACUCACUCACUCACUCACUCACUUUUCUUCUCUUUGACUCAUCUCACUCUCUUCGAUUUUCUCACUCGCUCUUUUCUCCUCUUCUCGACUUUUCUCUUUUUCUCUUUCACGUCUCGCCCUCCCCUUCUCGCUUUCCGUUUUUUUUUUCUCUCUUCCCUUUUCUCUUAG